AUGAAUUUGAACGUGUUUCCAUUUUUGGUGCUCGCCGGAAUUGGAGGAGCUUUAGGCAAUAUAAGUGGAGGUGCAUCCAUUAAUGCUGGAAUAAAUUUUGAUGAAGAAGGAAAUGUGAUAGGAGAUGCAAUCAACAAAUGUGGUGGUCUAGUACAAGGAAUUGGAAACAAACUUGGUCUUGUUGGAGGUCUUCUCCAAGGCGUAGGUCAAGGACAGAAAUCAAACAACGGCUUGGGAGGCGGAUACAUCAGCAAUGGAGUUGGUGCCAAUGGACAAGUAGCAGCAGAAUCUUCAGCAACAAAUACAUUGAUCCAAACUGGUGGUCAAAUUCAAGCGCCUGGAGGCUACUGCAUAGGAGGCGGAUCUAACAGUGGUGGGCUUGUUAGCAAUGGACAAGCAACAGCAAAAAUCGAAGCAAAAAAUACAGUAAUCCAAACUGGUGGUCAAGUUCAAGGACCUGGAAGCGACUGCACAGUAGCCGGAUCCAACAGUGGUGGAACUAGUGCCAAUGGACAAGCAGCAGCAAAAGUUAUAGCAACGAAUGCAGUAGUCCCAACUGUUGUUCAAGUUCAACAAUCUAAAAUCAAUGAUAUAGGAAGGCCUUCCAUCAGUGUCCAAACUGGUAUCGGUAGACAGGAAGCAGUAAAAGCUCCCGUACUAGUUGUCUCAGAUCAGAUGGGUGGAAUAGUGCAAGACAUUGGAAGCAGAAUUGGAGGGACUGUAGGAACUAUUCUUGGUGGUUUUCUUCGGGGUAGAGGAGAAAAAGAAUGCAAGGGUAAAGAAGUCGGAUCCAUCAGCAGUGGAUUGAAUACGAAUCAAGGAGCCGGGAAAGGUGUCGUAUUAAAUAUGUUAAACCAAAGUUCUAGUCAAGCUCAAGGACUUGGAAGUGUAAAUUUAGGGACUGCUGGAAGCGUUAGUGGAACUCUUAAACAUGUUGGAGAGAAAGGAAUCACAGAAUGUAAAGAAGAUCAAGGAAAUAAAGGAGGCAACGGAGCAAAUGUAAGCGCAGCUGCCAGUGCCGCUGUCAGUGGACGAUGA